ACCGAACUCCCCCUCACAAAGCAAACGGAGAUGCUCUAAGAACAACUCUUCUCUUUGAUCCCAAUUUUCUGAAAGAUUUUGCGACUGAAAAACCCUAGACGGAGGUAUGGCAAGUUCAGCGUCGGCGAUUUUGGAGGAUGUUCCGUCGGUAGAUCUAAUGACUGAGCUGCUUCGUCGUAUGAAAUGCUCUACCAAACCUGACAAACGUCUCAUUCUCGUUGGCCCCCCUGGAUCUGGAAAAGGCACCCAGUCACCAAUUAUCAAGGAUGAGUACUGUCUGUGCCACUUGGCCACUGGUGAUAUGCUAAGAGCUGCUGUUGCUGCUAAAACCCCUCUUGGAAUCAAAGCUAAAGAGGCUAUGGACAAUGGACAACUUGUUUCUGAUGAGUUAGUUGUGGGGAUAAUUGAUGAAGCAAUGAAAAAGCCGUCAUGCCAAAAAGGUUUCAUUCUUGAUGGAUUCCCAAGGACCGUGGUUCAGGCAGAAAAGCUUGAUGACAUGCUUGAAAGGAGAGGGACCAAAGUUGACAAGGUGCUUAACUUUGCGAUAGAUGAUGCAAUCUUGGAGGAGAGGAUUACUGGUCGUUGGAUCCAUCCUUCUAGUGGUAGGAGUUACCACUCCAAAUUUGCACCUCCUAAAGUUCCUGGCAUAGAUGAUGUCACUGGAGAACCUUUGGUUCAACGUAAAGAUGACACUGCAGCUGUUUUGAAGUCAAGACUGGAGGCAUUCCAUAAACAGACUGAGCCGGUCAUUGAUUACUACAAGAAGAAAAACAUCGUGGCAAACCUUCCCGCAGAAAAAACGCCUCAAGAGGUGACGGCAGAGGUCCAGAAAGUGCUAUCGUGAGACGGUUCUUUUGUUAUGAGUUUAGUAUUAGCAUCGGAUCAGACGUUUGGAGAUCGGUGUAUCGGAGUCUUUUUGGUUUUCCAUGAUAUUUAUAUGUUGUAUGAUGAGAUGAAAGACAUGUAGGAAUGACUUAAACCAUCCCCUCUCAGGCUUUUUGAUCAACUCUUCAAAUAAAGGCAGUCUUUAGGUGCA